ACUCUCCGUGUCCCUUCCAAUGGAAGUUUUGUUCGUCUUUUUUCAAUUCCUUUGUACUCUCUCUCUAAAUCUUCCUAGAAAAAAUGGCCCAUUUACCCAUCACCCUUCUUCUCUAUCACUACCAGAUCCAAUUUUCUUAUUCUUUUUUUCCCUUUUUUAUCUGAUUUCCUUUUCCAUCUAAUUCUUCUUCACCCAUUCCCCACCACUUUCCCCUGAUUUCUCCUUCAUGGGUCGUCUCUUUUUCUUCGUUUACCAGGCGAUUCUUUCAGCUUUCUCUCUCAGAUUGCUUUGUUUUCUAUAUUUCCUUGAAUUUCCUAGGUGGGUUCUCUCGAUUGAGCUCUGAGAGCUCUUCCCCUUUUCUCUAGAGUGGAUUUCAAUUCUGGAAAUCUUCUUCUCCGGCUGUGGCUCUGAGUGCCCAGAUUUUGACAUGGUUCUUCAAGUUUUUAAGGUCAUCGAGAUGAAUUUCAUGCUAUUAAAUGGAGUUAACAGUGUCACUUCAAUGUGAAAUCUUGUUACCAUUUUUGGGAGAAACUCUGCCAAGGUCCUAAUCUGUCAGAAUAUCCGGUAAAGCUUUUGUGUUAUUUAUGGAACUUCUUGGUAUUGGAGCAAAUAUGCAGGGUUCUGGCAACUAUCCAAAUUUUUACUUCAGUAGGGAUCUAAAAGGAGUUGUUGGUGGAUGUAUAUGGCCUCAAAUUAGUGAGGAUAAAAUGCUGAACGGUGGACGUAACACCAAAAGUUUCUUAUCACCAUUGUCAGCUGGUCUGUAUGUUGAAUGUGGCCGAGAAGCACUAAAGCAGAUAAUGCUUAAGCAAGAAGCGAUUUUUAGGGAUCAGAUUUAUGAACUCCAUCGCCUUUACAAAAGACAGAGGGAGUUUAUAGCUGAGAUGAAGAGGGAAUCACGUAAGCAUGAUAUGUGCAUCACGACAACUCAGUCUGAUUUUUAUAAGUCUCGGGUCUCUGCAUUGUGUGCUCAGGAUGCACGUAACUUCUCUGUAUACAGUCAAUUAUUUAUUUCGGGUGAAAAAACGACCUCAUUACUUUCAAGUUUAGGGAAGAACACUCAAACAGGUUCUGACUCCCCUCUGAAUGGAAUCAGUUCAAAGAAUCCUUAUUAUUCAGAAUCUAAGAGUAAGAUUUUGAGCAAAGGGAUGUUUGAUCUUGAACUUCCAACUGACAGCAAUUACUUGAAUAGCCAAGAUGAAUUGACAAAUGUGCCUGAGAUGUCAAGCUGUCAUCUCAAGAGAAUGCCUGAGGUCGUUCAUAUUAGUGAUAGACAAUCCAAGUAUGAUUCAUUAUUAGAGAAAACCAAGGUUUCGGUUGAUUUAAAUGAUCCUCCUAACUCUGUGGAAGAAUCGGCCUGUAGAUCCAUUGAUUCAGUGAAUGCUUCUGGCCACAGGGAGAUCCUUUUCCAUGAUUUAUAUGGCAAAGCCAAUUCAAAGUUGUUUGGUUUCUCACAGCAAGAUAGCAAUGGAAGAAAGAAUGGACUCUCUACCAAGGGCUAUUCUGAACCAAUUAGCUUUUAUGACAGAAGCCAAAGAUAUCAACCCGACAAAGAAAUUGCAAAUUCAAGUCUGUCAUCAUCCACUACAUCUUUGACAAAAUCUGCACAAGGCCCCAUAGGACACCAUAUUUUAGAUUCUGAGAGUUCCAAAACGUUGAUAGAAAAUGCAAUGCUUGCUAAAGUUGAUCUCUGUUGUGUUAAGAACUUGAGGCCUAGCUUUGGGUCUGAUAGUGUCAGCCCCGUUGAAGGAAGUUUCUGUAACAGCUCCAAGUCCGAGAUUGUGAAAGAAGAAACUCGCCCAUUCUUCAAGGCUUCUGCAAAUUGGAUGGAAGGUCAAAUUGAUCUCAACGUAUGCAUAAAUGAAGAGUUUUUGGCAACACCUUGUUGCUCCACUGAAAUGAAACUGGAGGUACCCGUGAGUCCAGGAAAGGAAAAACACUCUUCAACUGCAGGAGAGUUUGGUGAUAACCAAUUGGAGUCACAUUUUCUAGAGUCGGUUGAAAUCGAAGAUGACGGAAAAUCGUUGGAGGACCUCAGUACGAUUGCAGCUGAAGCUUUGGUUUCUAUUUCAUCAUCUGUGGCUCAAAAUUGUCAUAAAAUCACCAGUUGUUCGUCUGUUCAACCUUCAUUUGAAUCUUUAUGCUGGCUUGCUGAAAUAGUUUCUUCAAUGGGAGCUGAUCCAAAGAAGGCUGAAUUAGCCUUGAAAUGCAAGGAUACUGACUCAGUGGAGCUUUUGGCAGAUUUCAUGGAUGAAUUUGAGGUCAUGACAUUGAAGUUGAAAGAAAUAGAAGAGAAAGGGUGUUCCUUGACAGCAAGUAACCAUCAAGAGGAAGCAGUAAAAAACGUUUCUUCACCUUCAUGUCAACCAGGGAAGGUGCGUGCAAGGCGGGGACAGCGCAAAAAUUUCCAGACAGAAAUUCUUCCAAGUCUUGCAACUUUGUCGAGGUAUGAGGUUACAGAAGAUAUUCAGACGAUUGGAGGCCUGAUGGAAGUUGCAAGUUCUCAUUCGAUCGCUGAUGUAACGAAACCUACAAGUAGAGGUAGAAUGACAGGGACGAGAGGGAAGAGACGGUUGUGUGAUUCAUCUUCAAAAACUACAGAGACUGUUAUAAGGUCAAGCAUGGAUCGAGUAAGCAGUGACAAUGAACGAGAUAACAAAGAAAGAAAGGUAAUAGUUUGGGGAAAUAUUACUCGGCGACGGAGAGGGCAGAGAUAUCCAGCUCGUAAUAGAAAAAUUAUCUUAGCACAAGUAUAGUAUAGUUGGACUUGUCUUGAGAAAUAAUUAUAUGUUCUGUAAAUUUUGCCGAGUUCUGUUCUACCCUCCAUUUUGAGUCGAUUGUUUGUUCCAUUUAAUACAAAAUUAAAGAAGGAAGCCACCAUUCACCAUGUACAUUUAGACCAUACUUUUGUUAAAUAAAGUCAUCUCAUGCUGGUUUAGUUAA